AUGGCAGACAUAGAAGCCAUUAUCGACAUCCCUAAAUCUCAGCGACGCAUGCUGCACAGAGUGCCGGUUCAACUGCGACGACGGGGCAAGACCGACAUUUAUGAGGCAGUAGUUGUUUCCCUCGGCCCAUACCACCACCGCCGCAAGGGUUCACAAUUGCAUCUGGUGGAACCAUUCAAGGACGAGCUACGAGAUAUGCUUUGCAGAGGCGCUGACCGACGAAGCUCCCUUAUGAGCAACAUCUAUGAAAUUCGACAUUUCUAUGGUGGAGCAGAUGGCUACACCGACGAGGAAUUGGCUGAAAUGAUGCUUCGCAACGCCUGUUUCCUCAUAUGCUAUAUGCAUGGAUUUAGGGAUGGGAACAAUACUACUUACUUCCAAAUGAGUGAACGUAUGGGAAAGUCUGCCAUGAUGUUCGCGCCAUGUGAGACGCUUAUGCUGGAGAAUCAGAUUCCGUUAUGGCUCAUCUCCUUAAUACACCCCAACCAAUCAUUGUUGUGUGAGUACUUGAGCUACUAUGUUUAUGGGGAUUACAGGAUGACACAACUCUCAUGGACAAAAGAAGAAGAGCCUCUUCACCUACUCGAAGCUUUGCAUCGCACCUUCCUUCGCCUCGUUGAGACCCAACAAAAUUCAAGUUUCUUUUGGAACCAAGGCCGACACGGAAGAAGCUUAAAACAAGUGCGUGGAAACAUUUGGACCGUCCUUUUCGGUCGGUGA